AUGCCAGGCAAAGGUGGCCGCGGACCCCUCGCACGAGACGUCCAAGUCUCCAAAAAGAUCGCAUGGCUCCUGCGUCACGGCGCCGAAAAAGAAGGCCUCGAACUCGGCCACGGAGGCUUCAUCGGUGUAUCUGACGUGCUCGCCAACAGGAACCUCAAACCUCUCAAAGUAACCUUUGACGAACUCCGAGCAAUCGUGCAGGACAACGACAAACAACGCUUCACAAUGGUCCUGGCGUCCUCGCUAGACAGCAACGCAGAGCCGAUCGGACAGACUGACUUCACAUCGAACAACCCCAAGGACUAUCUGAUCAGAGCGAACCAGGGUCACAGUCUCAAAGUCGAAAGUGAAGGGCUUCUGCAGCCCAUCACCGCGCAAAAUUUGCCAGAUGCAGCAAUACACGGCACAACACAUUCAGCAUGGCCUCAAAUUGUCGCAUCAGGAGGUCUGAAACCCAUGACCCGGAACCAUGUUCAUUUUGCUUCAGGACCACCGGCAGGCUUCAUAUCAAUCGUGGACAAGGAGACCACGGAAGAAGCAGCAGCGCCCGUCAUCUCUGGCAUGCGCAAAUCAUCGACCAUACUCGUCUACCUUGACAUCUCGAAAGCGAUGGAGGCAGGGAUCAAGUUCUGGCUGAGCGACAACGGGGUGAUUCUGAGUGAAGGGAAUGCCGAUGGGAUUCUGCCGUUAGAGUACUUCAAGCUGGUGGAGGACAGAACUGGAGAAGGGGUGCUGGUGCAGGAUGGCAACGUGGUGAAGGAAGCCCCUGCAUCGUGGACGGGGAAGAACAGUGGUAGGAAAUGA